AGCACAAAUAUCAACUAUUCAUUUCAAUGUCCUCUGAUUUUGGUGAGUCUAUAUACACACCCUGGCCGGCCAGUGGUGGUUCUAACUCUCCCGCUGGCCUUUACUCUAAUAACACGUGGCAGCUACCGGCCAAGUUCUAUCUCGCAUCAAGACUAACUUCAACAACAACGUCGGAUGAACUCUCCGAAGAGGGCACGGCUCAUCCUGUUGACGAUCGAGUUUAUAGUGUUGAUGGCGAUGUUAGUGUUGACGACCCUACGAUAGUGACAAGAACUGAAUUGAACUCUGAAGCUCUGGAAUUCAUACCCAGUUCGGUGCUUUCUACUGCUGGUAUGCUCAACGCGGAUGCGCCUGAGUUUUUUCCAGGGUCGAUAUCUUAUGAAGACAAAAAGAGCGGCAUCGGUUUGGACCCGGAAGCGCCCGAGUUCGUACCGGAGUGUUCAGCUGUUGAUGAUGAUGAUACUAGUGUGAAUUCCCUGAUUGCUGACUUGGCGUCGCUGUGGGUUCAAGGGCUCCAGCCGGCCUUCCACGUGGAUGAUCGUGAGGCAUUAAGUGACGACAAAUCGGUGCCCAUUGAAGAAGGCUCAUUGGCCCUCUUAUUGGCUGAGAUCGCCUCGGACAGCCGACAGGCUGAUGAGCUGUAGUCGAGUCUUUUCUUUUUAAUACGAUGUGCGAGAAACCACUCACAGUGUGUAUACGACUACACUUUGAUGUUGUGAAUAUUUUUCUAAUGCACUCAUUCUCUUGAUGUUAUUGGGGAAGACCGAUGAUGCAGACAUUUGAAUCUGCUAUCCAGGCACGAAAUCGUGUUUGGUGAUUUGUAUGAAUCUACGAGGACUAACUCGUCGCUGUUGAUACCCUUUAGUGGCGAGUGAG